UGCCGUUCCAACGCGUCGGGUGGUCUAGCGCCAACUUUCUAUUUUUCGUGUUCUGCGGAUUUUCACCUUUUGCUUUUGAACACACACGCAGCAAUGUCUUUUUCUGAAGCAGAUGCUAAGCGUUUCUUUCGAAGGGCAAGAUUCCUCUUUACGCAGUGGAAGAGUCCAUCGAACGCUAAUCUUUUUCAUGACGUGGACGCUAUUUUGCUGUUAAUCGGUGAAGACGAUUACGAAAAUCCCUAUCGCAAAUCAGUCACCGCAGAGACAUGGCUCCUCGGCACGCCAAUGUACCAAACAUUGAUUCUUCUAACACCCGAAAAAACGACGUUUGUUUGCAGUGGCAAAAAAGCUGAUAUGUUGGAUGGUCUCAAGAAAGCUGAAAAGCAGAUAACGCUCGAUAUCAUUCGACGAUCGAAGGAUACUAAAGAAAAUAUUGCACUUUACAAGCCAUUGAUCGACGAACUGGCAGGCAAACGUGUCGGCGUCGUUGAAAAAGACAAGUUCACUGGUAAAAAUGUGGACGAAUGGAAAAAGGCUUUUGAAUCUUCGGGCAAGUCGUUCGAAAAUGUCGAUAUCACAGCAGCUUUGUCAGCUUGUUUCGCUGUUAAGGAUGAGGAUGAAAUCAAAACAAUGCGAAUUGCUUCUCGACUCAGUGUCAAUGUGAUGAAGAACUACUUUAUCGACGAAAUGUCUACGGUUGUUGACGAAGAACGACAAGUGACUCACGAGAAGCUCUCGGAGCAAACAGAAGCCAUUCUCGACGAUCCCAAGCUGAUCAAAAAGUUGCGCUUGCCACCUGAGGCUGACAACAAGGACGAUGUUGAUUGGUGCUACAGUCCUAUUGUACAGAGUGGCGGUGAAUAUGAUUUGAAAUCAUCUGCCAUGUCCAACGGGAGUAACCUUCACGCCGGUGUCAUCAUGUGCUCCUUGGGCAUUCGAUACAAAUACUACUGCUCCAACAUUGGACGUACGUUCUUGAUUGAUCCUAACAAAACCCAAGAGAAAAACUACGAGUUCUUGCUCGAGCUGCAAAAGAAGAUCAUGGAAAACAUUCGUGAGGGCGUCAAGAUCCGUGACGUGUACACCAGCGCAAUGGACCAUAUCAAGGCCAAGAGACCGGAUCUGGAAAAACAUUUCACUCGUUCGAUCGGUUUCGGUAUGGGUAUCGAGUUCCGUGAGGCAAGCUACGUGCUUCAUGCCAAGAAUGUCCGCGAGCUGCGCAACGGAAUGGUAUUGAACUUGUCCGUCGGCUUUGCUGAUCUUGAAAACCCCAAGCCUGCAGAUAAGCGCAGCAAGUCCUACUCGCUGUUGCUGAUUGAUACGGUUCGUGUCUCGCCCGAUGCACCACCUGUGGUGUUAACUGAAGGCUGCAGCAAAAACUUGAACGAGAUAUCGUACUUUUUCAAGGCCGAAGGUAGCGAGUCGGAUGUUCAGGAAAAGAAGAAGCCAGUGAAGCCUGCCAAGAAGGAAACGACUUCCAAAUCAGCCGUCUUGCGCAGCAAGUUCCGCAGUGAAGAUCAGGAUGAAGAAUCGCGUGAGCAGAAACGCAAGGAGCAUCAAAAGGAGCUGUUUGCCAAGAAACUGGCAGAAGGCCUAGCCAAGUUUGGAGAUGGAUCGAACAAUGGUGAAGAUGAUAACAAGCCAGUAUUCAAAAAGUUCGAGAGCUAUCGAUCUGAAUCCAAGUUGCCCCUAGUCCGAGAGCAAAAGAUUUAUGUCGACAAGAAGAACGAAACUGUUAUUCUCCCUUUCUAUGGUAUGGCUGUGCCAUUCCAUAUCACCACGUUGAAAAACGCAAGUAAGAGUGAUGAAGGCGAUUUUGUCAUGCUCCGUCUCAACUUUAUUACCCCUAAUCAAGCAGGUGGCAAAAAAGAAGACAUGCCAUUCCAUGAUCCAAGUGCCACGUUCGUUCGAGCAUUGACUUUCCGAAGUGCGGAUACACAUCGCAUGGCACAAAUCUACCGUGAUAUUACCGACCUCAAGAAGGAUGCUGCCAAGAAAGAAGCACAGCGGAAGGAGAUGGCCGAUGUGGUUGAACAGGAUAACCUUGCUGUUGUCAAAGGCCGUCGCCCACACCGGCUCCCUGACGUUUAUGUGCGUCCACAACUUGAUGGCAAGCGUUUACCUGGUGAACUUGAAAUUCACCAAAAUGGUAUUCGAUACCAAUCCAUCAAAUCCGAUAAUUCGUUCAAUGUACUGUUUAGCAACGUGAAGCACUUGUUCUUCCAACCAUGCGAUAACGAACUGUUGGUCCUGAUACACGUACAUUUCAAAAACCCAGUACUGAUUGGCAAAAAGAAAACCAAAGACGUUCAAUUUUACCGUGAAGCAUCCGAUAUACAGUUUGAUGAAACUGGCAACAAGCGAAGGAGACACAUUUAUGGCGAUGAAGAUGAGUUAGAAUCUGAACAAGAAGAACGACGACGACGAGCAAACCUCAACCGUGAAUUCAAAACCUUUGCUGAAAAGAUUGCAGAUGCUAGCGAAGGCCGUAUUGAAGUGGAUGUUCCGUUCCGAGAGUUGGGCUUCACUGGUGUACCAUUCCGAUCGAACGUCCUCUUGCAACCCACCACAGACUGUCUUGUGCACCUGUCGGAUCCACCCUUCCUUAUUGUCACCAUCAGUGAAAUCGAAAUUGCUCACUUGGAACGUGUACAAUUCGGUCUCAAGAACUUUGAUAUGGUGUUUGUCUUUAAAGAUUUGCGCCGUCCUCCUAUACAGAUCAAUACCGUCCCUAUGUCACAGCUCGAUAAUGUCAAGGACUGGUUAGACUCGGUUGAAGUAGCAUUCACAGAAGGCCCUGUCAACCUCAACUGGAGCAUGAUCCUAAAGACUGUUCUAGCCGAUCCCGCAGACUUUUACAAAAAUGGUGGUUGGGGCUUCCUGACAAGCGGCAGUGAUGAGGAAGGAGAAGGAGACGAGUCCGAAUCUGGAAGUGAAUUUGAAAUGAGCGCAAGUGAUUUCGAAGAAAGCGCAAGUGACGAUGAAAGUGAUUUCGCGUCGGAAGCUUCUGACGAUUCAAUGGAAGAAGAAGACUUGAGCGAUUCUGGCGAUGACUGGGACGAGCUUGAAGAAAAGGCACGAAAAGCCGACGAGCGUAAACUAAAGAGAAAUGGCGACGAGCCACCUGCCGCGCCGUCUUCACGCAAGAAGCUAAAAAGACGUUAAAAUUGCUGCUUUCUUCUUUGCCCCAUCCGCUUCCUAUAUGCAUAUAUAACCCUCUUUUUACACCACAACCAUCCCACCCUUUUUUUUCAAGAAAAUAUCAAAAAGUGUCGAAUAUAUCGG